AUGAACUAUGAAACUCUGAUGUAUCAGAUGGUGCUUUUUUUGUUCUGUGUUCUUUUAGUAAACGCGUCUGACUGUUAUCCAAAAUAUCAAAAUUGUCAAGAUGGUUUUGUUUCAUCAACAUUUGAGCCUAUUGCUUUCGAGAAGUGCUCUUAUAUAUACAUUAACCAAUCUUUCACUAUUGACUCUUCUUGUGCGUUUAAUAAACUUGAACCAAUUACACUAGUUCAUUUUGUAUUAAAGAGUGGAAUAUACAUCUUAAAUAUCAACACAACUGAUUUCGAACAGAAGUCGUCAUUUAUUGUGAAAUCGGAAGCUGUUGUAACUAUCAACGGAAUUAUCCACUUUGAAAAUUUAGCAAGUUUUGAUACGGAAGAGCAUUCAUUACUGAUCAUGAAUGCAUUGUAUUCAUUGGAAGGAAAAGAUUUUAAAACACCGGAAAAUUCAGUCUUUGAAUUUGCAGCAAACAUUUCUGUGAGUGAUAAUUCGUAUUUGAUUAUAUCUGAGAAGUCUUCAAUAACAACAGACUGCUUAUUUGUAAAAGACACAUCAAAAUUUUCAAUUGAAACCACCGAACUUUUGAAAAUCCAAAGUGUCACAGUAAGUGAAAAUGGCACUUUUACAUUAACAAAAAAUUUGACUACCCUUCCCUUUGCCUACAUUGAGUUAAAAAACAACUCAACGUUAUAUUUAAAAUCAGUUAAGACAUUAUGUGAUUUUUGGAUUGAAGGUGACGCUCGUUUAAUCAUAGAACAAUUCUCAUACGUUGAAAUAAGUGGUCUUUUUCUGGCGGUAGACAACGCGGUAUUAGAAGUCAUGGACUCUUCCACUUUGAUAUUACCUUUUGGGCUUGAACUUGGCUACAACGCCGUUUUAUCUCUUCACAAUGAAACAUUGAUAGGUGGUGAAAUGGGUGAAAGUGAAAUUCUUUUUAGGAACAAUUCAAUGACAAAAGUUGUUGGGAAAAAAUCAAAAGUUCUUUUAGAGUCGUCUUUUACUUUUUAUGAUAACACAAUUUUUGAACUUAUCGAUCAAGACGUAGAAAUCACACAACCUAUAACCUUCAAAGAUGAGUCGCUUUUUAUUACACAAAAUGUGAACAUAUACACCGACAAAAACAUCGAAAAUGAUAUUCUCUUUUAUAAUAAAGCCAAAAUGGAAGCAAUGGAUAUGCUCCAUGUCGAAACACUUCAAUCAAAAUUCAUCUUUUCUGAUUCCACUCAAUUCAUACAAACUGCUUGCUUUGCAGAUUUUUUUAUGAAAAAAAUAAUAUUCACUAAAAAUGCCUCACUUCUUGCAAACUAUUCUACGUUUAUGACAAAUUGUCCUGUUGAUUUCCAAAUGACUUCUUUUUCAAAUGUUUUUAUCUCAGACAUUUUCAUUUCGGGGAGUAUAAACGAGACUAAUCUAAAAGUGAUGAAUACUGCCAAUCUUACAAUUUUACAAAGUACUUUUGUAGUGUAUGGUAACACUGAAAUCACAGGAAACACAGUUUUAACAAUUGACAAUACUUCAUUGUUUGUUGCAAUGAAUCAUUUGUUAUUAGACCAACAAUGUUCUUUACAUAUAACUGUUGGUGGGCAAGUACUAGUAGGAACGGGGCCUUCACAAAGUGGAGUUGAUUACAUUUCUUUGAAUAUCACUGAACGGGUGAGUGUAUCACUUAUUGGAGAACAAUCAGUACAAAGCCAACCCUAUUUUGAAGCCAAAACUGGUAGUAUAGUAACCGACCUUAAUACAAUAAUAGCAGAUGGUUGUGUCAAUAUGUUUUCUUCUUUGUACGAAAUACAGUCGACUUCAUCCAAUGUAUUUUUGUUAUCAAAUGGGAGACUUGGAAGAUAUUGUGAUCCUACAACAUUCAAAAAUAGUAGCACUUUCUGUGAAUUACAAUUCUCCAAUUUUUUGUUUGGUAACUUCGAUUAUUCAUUUUGCCCUUGUAACAACUACAAAGAAGAAAAAUGUUCAAUCACAUUAUCCACAUGGAUUAAAAAGGUCAAUUUUGUUAAAAAUAGUCCAAAUGUGAUAUUCACAUUUACAACACCACUUGAAGAGGUGUAUAUCGAAAACAAAGAUGUAACCGACAUUACAUUUUGUGGGGACAUUAAAUCGAUUUCAUUUGGGUUUGGUAUGAAAUACACACAAGCAGAGUAUAUUAAAAAUUAUUGUAUUAUAUCUGAUGGGUAUGAUACAGUUUACUAUAAUCCAUCAAAAAUUGAGGCAGAUGCCAUUACACAAGAACAGUUACUUCAAAUUGGAGAAUACAAUUUUGGAUUCGAAAACACAAACUUAACUAUUUUUAAUAUCACAAAUAUGAAAUACCACACAUUCAAUUUUGAUAAUAUUCAGAAUGCUUUAAUAUAUAGUAUCUAUGGAAUAAAGUCUGUCGAAGAAUAUACAUCUUCUUUGAUUUACAUUUCAAACAACAUUUCUAAAAGUCUAAAGAAAAUAUCUAUUACAUGUGAAGAAGGUUUGUAUCCAAACUUUGACCGUACAACGUGUAUCCCUUGUGAACCAAAUUGCAAAAAAUGCAAUUCGAAAUCAUGUGAAGUGUGUAAUGAUAACUAUACUUUAAAUAAUGGGGUGUGUUUUGAAAUGAAUAUGGACUGUUUGUAUACACGAAAUGAUAGAUGUUAUUUAUGUUCAUCCGGAUUUACAGAAAAUGGUGAAUGUAUUUCAUGCGACACAACUUGUAAAAGAUGCCGUGGCACCCGUUGUGAUAUUUGCGAGCCUUUUGAACAAACUUUAAAUACAAAUUCAACAAAAUGUGUAACACAAGAAUCUGCCCUUGUCACUUCGAAUGUAAAUAUUAUAGAAUGUCAACCAGAGUAUGUUGUAAACCACAACUUAUGUGAAAAAUGUGGUUCAAUAUAUACAAAUUGUGAACGAUGUGAGAAUGGGAAAUGUUCGAUGUGUUCUAUUGGGUUCUAUUUAAAAAAUGGUAUGUGUGAGCCAUCCAAUUGUCUCAUUAAAAGUGCCAAUGGAACUGUUUGUGAAGAGUGUAUUGUUAUGUAUUCAUUAAGUGAAAAUGGAUAUUGUGUUUCUACGAUUCAAAAUUGUGAAAAAUACAUAAACACAUAUUGUGUGUUGUGUGCAAUUGGAUACUCAGUGUACAACAACACUUGUGUUACAUACAAAAUUCCAAAUUGCAAGUCACAAGACGAAAUGGGGUGUUCUCGUUGUUUCAAUGGGUUUUACCUGAAUAAUUACGAGUGUAAAAAGUGUGACCCAAAGUGUCCUACAUGUCAAAGUGAAGACAUUUGUUUAUCUUGUGUUGAUGGGACAUACCUUUCCAAACAUCAGUGUAUUGUUAACAUCAAAUUAGACGGGAAGUGCAAAGAGUACAACCCUGUAGGUGGUUGCAUAAUAUGUAAUGUGGGAUAUUUCAGAGAGAAUAUGAAUUGCAAAAAAUGCAACGAGACGUGUUCUACUUGUUUAGAAGGGGAAAAAUGUACGGACUGUGGUUCAAACUACUUUAUGGAUACAGACUCUAUUUGUCACUUAAAAAGCGAAAUAUCAAAUUGCACCCAAAUUUCAAGUAAAUUUGGGUGUCUCUCGUGUGAAGCUGGCUUUUUUGUCGAGGAUAGAAAAUGCCAAAACUGCUCUUCAAAUUGUACAAUGUGUACAUCACUUGACCAAUGUCAAAGUUGUAAUGACGAAUAUGUUUUAAUAGAUAAUAAAUGUUAUGCCAAGUCAGACAUAAUGCGGUGCAUUGAAGUGAAACAGAGUCAAUGCACAAAGUGUGAGUUUUGGUAUACCCCAAGGCACAAAGGGACAUAUUGCACGAAAAAGGCGGUGUGGUGGGUUAUUGUACUUUGUUUAUUAGUAUUCUUAGUAUUAUCAAUUGCGUUGUUGAUACUUGUAUAUUUGAGCUUUGGGUGGAUGUACGCCAAGCGUGUUGAGAAAAAGCAAGAAAUCCAAUGUUGUGUAUUUGACAUCGAGUCGAGUAACAUCAACUUUAAGCAUAAAAUAACUAGGGGUGUCUUAAGUAACAGAAAAUGUAUCGAAUUUGAUGAUUACAACACUGUCAAAAUCAAUGAAGAGCAUCGCGAGUUAGUAUGUAUUUGUAACACCAACAAAGAGUCCAUGAAAAUUCAAUUAACAUCGGUGGAUACAGAUAGUCGGUAUUUCUUCCGCACUAAUCCUGAAGUGAUCACUUUAAGAAGUAGACACGCUUGUGAAUUCGAGUUGUUUAUUAAACCAACAUGUUCAUGUCGAAUUGAUACCAAUGUUCUCGUUUCGUGCAAGAACAUGAAAAGUGGGACAGAAAAGAUGCGUACACUUAAGAUCAAAGUAUACAGUGAGUUAUCGACUCGUCUCGACUUCAGUGAGAUCAUUGAAAACAAGAAAAUAGGAGAAGGUUCCUUUGGAGUUGUGUAUCUCGGGUACUUCCGUGGGAAUAAAGUCGCAGUUAAACACAUGCGGAACCGCAACACAGAACAAAAAGCUAUGCAAGCCGAGUUUGACAAAGAAGUGACAAUGUUAGACAAAUUUCGAUGUAACUAUAUUAUACACUUCUUUGGUGCAUGUUACACGUCCAGUCACAUUUGUAUGGUGACUGAAUUUGCACCAUGUGGAUCACUCGGCGAUGUUGUUAAAAACAAAGUCGAAGUUCGGCUCUGUGUUCGUUUAAAAGCAUUAGCAGAUGCUUCUCAUGGGAUAUCAUACCUUCACUCCAAUGGGAUAUUACAUAGAGAUAUCAAGCCAGACAACAUCCUCUUGUUCACUUUAGAUGAUAGUUCUAUCAUAGUCUCUAAAUUAACGGACUUUGGGUCUUCUCGUAAUGUGAAUUUAUUAAUGACUGAUAUGACAUUCACUGCUGGAAUUGGAACACCGAAGUAUAUGGCGCCAGAGAUAUUAAAGAAAGCAAAGUAUGGUAAACCGGCUGAUAUCUAUUCUCUUGGUAUCACCAUAUAUGAAAUAGUCUUAUUAAGAGAUGUAUAUGGAAUUGAGUACAAAUACCCAUGGAAUAUAGCAAAUGCAGUGGUGUCUGGUAAAAGACCUAGUGUCAAUGAAAUGACACCAACGCUUGCUCGAGUUGUUGAAAACUGUUGGACUCAAGCAGAGUAUGAAAGAUGGGACAUUGACAAGGUGGCAUCUGAACUCGAACGAAUCAACAUUGGAUGUUAG